AUGUCGGUUACCUGAAGAAGAACUUAGAAGUUCGAAAACGUUUGUAACACUUUGGUUUUACCUAGAAGCACACCGGAAACAGGUUCCUGAAUGUGGAGGUAAACUACUCUCUCCAUCAGGUGUAUUUUCUUCACCAGGUUUUGAAAAUGGAACUUACAACAAUAAUGCGGAAUGCACUUGGCGACUUCGAAAUGAUGGAAAUGUUGCUAAAACGUUAGCAGUUAGAUUUGAUAUUCUUGAUAUUGAUAUUAAUCCAAAUUUAACUUGUUUAAAUGAUUUUGUUGUUAUUCAAGAUGGUGACCUUACAGAAGUAAUUGGAAAUUCUAAACGAUUAUGUGGAAAUCGUACUAAUGAAAAAAUUGUUGUUACAACUCCAUCUUCAGGUUUAUUGAUAUCAUUUCAUACAGAUUCAAAUAGAACUGCCAGAGGAUUUAAUGCAUCGUAUAGUAUUCAAAAUUGUGGAGGAAUAAUUGAGGAUAGUGAAUCUAAUAUUUCAUCACCAUCUUAUCCUAACAAUUAUCCACCUAAUACCGAUUGUCAUUGGAUUUUUGAAGUUGAACAUGGAUCUAAAAUAAAGUUAACUUUUGUGGAUUUUCAAUUAGAAAAUGAUUGCAACAAAGAUUUUGUUAAGUUAAUAAAUGGAAAAUGGUGGGAUUCACCUACUAGCCAUACACUUUGUGGAACUAACCAUCCAAAUGAAAUUAUUUCUGAAAGUAAUUAUCUUACUGUCUUAUUUCACUCUGAUAACAUAGGAUCAGCAAAAGGAUUUAAGUUUUUAACAUCAACUGUUCAUCAUGGAUGUGGUGGUUUUAUUAGACAUGAAACAAGUAGUGAUCAAGGAACAAUAUUUUCACCAACAUCAGAAACAAAUAGUCGUUAUCCGAAUAAUAUAGAAUGUAUAUGGAUUUUGGAAACAAAGCCAGAUUUUCAUUUCUUGUUAUCAUUUCCUGGCAGAUUUGAUAUUGAACAAAAUUGCAACGAUUAUGUUCUAGUGGAGGAUUAUUAUAAUCAAAAAUGGAAUUUAUUAGGAAGGUUUUGUGGUCUCCACAAUCCAGCAGAUAUAAUUAGCAGAUCAAAUCUUGUAAGAGUAAAAUUCCACAGCAAUGAAAAUAACAAUGCAGAUGGUUUUCAACUUAAUCAUAGGAUUAAAUGUGGAAGAACAUUUGUUAAUGAAGAAACUGGUAUCAUAUCUUCACCUGGAUUUCCCGCAAACUAUUCUGAUAAGUUGGACUGUGAAUAUCGAAUUGAGGUUUCUCCUUCUGAUCAUAUAUCAUUAAAGUUUGAUGAGAGAUUUUCUAUAGAAUAUCAUCAGGCAUGUAAAUUUGAUUAUGUUGAAAUAUCUGAGAUUAAAAGUAAUUCAACUUUAACACAUGUUGGGACUUUCUGUGGCACAGAAGUACCAAAUCCCGUGUCUACAGUAGGAUCAAUGCUCAUUCAUUUUCAUUCUGAUUACAUUAUAGUAGAUAAAGGUUUUAUGGCUCAAUUUACAGUAACUAGCUGUGGUGGAAUCUUAACUGAACCUAGUGGAACUUUUGAAAUGAAACACGCUGCUUUUAGUAAUACAAGGAAUUUUAUGAUUGAAUGUGUAUGGUCUAUAACUGUAGAAACAGGAAAAGUUAUUGAAUUAAGGUUUUUGAAUUUUCAACUUGAUGAUAAUUUUUGUUAUGAAGAUACUGUUUUUAUUUAUGAUGGGAGUAAUCGAGAUUAUUCAAAAUUAUUAGGAAGAUAUUGUGGAACUGAAAUACCACCUAUUUUCAAAUCAACUCAAAAUUCUCUUACUGUAUAUUUCCGAAGUUAUGAAGGUGCUAAUGAUAAAGGUUUCAAAGCUGCUUAUAGGACAACUUAUGGUCCUCAGCAAGGUUGUGGAGGAAUGUUAACUAAUAAUGAGGGUGAGAUUUCUUCUUUAGAUGCAGAUAAUGAUAAUCUCUAUGAACCUAAUUUAGAUUGCAUAUGGCAUAUUAUCCAACCAUCAAAUAAUAUUUCAAGAAUCACAUUUGAAUUAAUGGAUAUUGAAGAGGCUCAUACUAAUACAACUAGUUGUAUAAAUGACUAUUUAGAGAUUAUAGAUGGUGUUUCUGUCCACGAUCCUGUAAUUGGAAGAUUUUGUGGUAAUCAGUUACCAGAUGAUAUUGUGAGCAAUACAAAUAAAGUUUUAGUACAUUUUCAUUCUGAUGAUGUAGAAAAUAAGACUGGUUUCAAACUAAAAUACUCAGAAGAACAAAGAAUUUGUGGAGGAUCACUUUAUGUGAGUGAUGAAAAUAGAACUUUAACAACUCCAAAUUAUCCUCAAACAUAUCCACCAAAUCUUCAUUGUAAAUGGUUGUUUUACAUAAAUGCAUCAUACUGGUCUCAUGUUCAUCUAACUUUUCAUGAUUUUGAUAUACCGUGUGGAGGAGAUCGCCUUGAAAUUAGAGAAGAUGGCAUUGAUAGUAGAACUCUCCGUUUUUGUGGUGAUAAUGUUCUACAUAAUUAUGUAGUUACAAGAAAUGUGUUGCUCUACUUUACAUCUGAUUCACAAGGAGGUGGACGUGGUUUUUCGUUAUCUUAUCAAAUUCAAGGAUGUCCUCAAAAUUACACUCAACCUAAUGGAAUGAUUUAUAACAUGGGAUAUCCAUGGAGGUAUUAUUAUCCAGAUAGUUGUAAUGUAUUUAUUCAUGCUCCAGAAAAUUAUGCCAUAAGUUUAUAUUUUCAAGAAUUUCAUGGAAGCUAUAGAAAUGCACCUGCUAAUUGUGAAAAUCUUGGAUUGGAAGUACAUAAUGGCUCUGAUAUUUCUGCACCAUUGUUAGGAAUCUUCUGUAAUAGAAUAUCAAAUCCUGUAUUUUCCUCUUCAAAUAAUUUGUUAUUACGAAUACGGCCGCAGAAUCCCCUUAAAUUUGUUAUUAUGUAUACCAUUACUGAUCAAGGUCCAGGAUGUGGAGGAAAUUUUACUACUAUCAAUGGAACUUUUACAAGUCCUAGAUUUCCUGGUUUUUAUAAUAAGACUUCAGAAUGUCGAUGGUAUAUAUCAGUUGUUGGAGAACAUACAGUUUCACUAAUAUUUGAUGUAUUUGAAUUAAAUUCAACAAUUGGAUGCACCUCGAAUUAUGUAGAAGUAUAUAAUACACAUGAUGAAUUAGAAUCUAAUAAAGUCAGUCGUUACUGUGGAAAU